AUGUCUACUGUGGAGUCUGUAUCCAGCUCUGUAGACAGUAAUAUCGCUACCCCGUUUGUCCGUAAUGAUAUCCACCAAGCCAUAUUUAAUUAUGAGUCAAGAAGCCGCCCUCAGUCAUUCCUCCAAUUGCACUCGAAUAACCAGUUAUCUCAAGAUGUCACCCGAGAGCCACUAGGGAGAAUCAUCAAGGGCUCUCCCAAAACCCUAUGUCUCCCAGCGUUGUGCAAAUUGGACGACAUCUCUGUGGUGCUGAUUGUGAGACAAGAGUGUCCAUGGGAUACAUAUCGCCCGGCAAUAAGAUGUGACAUUGCAGGCAAAGUGAUCAUCGCUAGCCGCCGAUCCAAUCGAUCACGGCUCCAGGCGAUCCGUCAGUAUUCUGGAUCCGACGCCAAAAGCCUCAUCCAGCGAUUUGAAUGUCUUGAUCAUGCCAACGUUCUCUCAGCUCGGGACUGCUACCUCGAUGGUCCCUCCCUCUACGCACUGGUCGAAGAUCUUCCCCUCACACUGCAGCACCUUGUGUCGUGCCCCAGGAUCUAUCCCACCGAGCUGGAGCUAGGGUCGAUAAUGUCUCAGAUCUUGGCCGGUCUACGUUAUCUGAGCACCGUUGGGCUCUCCCAUGAAUCUCUUUCAUGCCGUGAAAUACUGCUCGGCCUAGAUGGGACGGUCAAGAUUGCCUGUCUGGAGAAAUGCAUAGAGGGGUCGCCAUCCGAGUCACAGACGAGAUACAUCACAGCUCUACCGUCCAUAAUUAUGUCACUUAUACAAAAGCACGAGAAGGUGAAAGGGAUUUCGGGGGUAGAUGACGUGCAUCGCUGGCCAGUCGAUUCAGCUAGCGUUGGAUUCUUGUCUGCUUCCUCGCUGGCACAAUCCAUCGCAUCACUGCAAGAGCAUCCCCUUGUUGCCACGAGGCACCGACCUGCGGCAGAUCUCGUCAUGCUAGCACGGAUCGUGUUCCUUGUUGCGGAAGUUCCAGUCUCUUACGAAAUCGAGUAA